CCCAUUACAUGCUGAAAGCUACUUAUCCAAUAUUAUAGCCUACGAGAUCUAUAUGUCACUUGUUGCUAUCUUCUUUGUAUGAUCUUCUGUGUGCAAUGGUGAACUAAAGAGAUUUUACAGGGAAAAUGGGGAAGACAGGAAAAUGGCUUAAAAGCUUCUUGACAGGAAAGAAAGAAAAGGAGAAGGAAAAAGGAAAAUACACAUAUAAUCAGAAUUCUUCAGUUGCCCCCGAGAAUCCCACUACCCCCAUUUCAAUCCCACCAACAACUCCUAAAGAGAAAAGAAGAUGGAGUUUUCGAAGAUCUUCAGCCACAGCAACGCCUACAAAGGACUUUAAUUCUACAGAACAAGUUGCCACUACUCCACCACCUUCACGGGAUGCCACCGUGGACAAUGAGGAUGAACAAAAAAAGCGUGCCAUGGCUAUGGCAGUGGCCACAGCAGCAGCUGCUGAUGCUGCUGUGGCAGCUGCACAGGUUGCAGCUGCUGUGAUCCGGUUAACUGCUGCUGCUAAUGAGAAAGCCACCGCUGCUGAAGAGGCUGCUGCCAUAAAAAUUCAGUCUGUCUUUCGAUCAUAUUUGGCUAGAAAAGCUCUGAAUGCAUUAAAAGGACUAGUAAAGUUACAGGCACUGAUAAGAGGUCAACUGGUCAGAAAACAGGCCACUGCUACUCUCCGAUGCAUGCAGGCAUUGAUUAUAGCACAAGCAAGAGCUCGAGCUCAGAGAAUUCGGAUGGUUGAAGAUUCGAAGCCUGCUAACCAGAGACAAUCACCCCACAGAACGUCAACACCAGAUCACCGGAUCAGGCAUGCAUAUCAUGAGAUUGAUAGAGGAAUGGAAGAACACAUUAAGAUUGUAGAGAUGGAUCCUGGUGAUUCAAGGGGAAGUUUGAAGAGUAGAACCAACUAUUCACACCAUCCACAAACAGAACGAGAAGUGGAACGUAGAUUCUCAACUCAUUGCUCCUCAAAUCGUGCAGACUCGAAGCAGGACAAUUAUCAGGUAUCUCCAGCACCAUCAGCUUUGACUGACAUGAGCCCCAGAGCCUGCAGUAGUCAUUUCGAGGACUAUUAUUUCGGCAUAGCACAAAGCAUCCCGCAAUACUAUUCAGCUAUCUCCACACCUGAUCCAUCAAAACUUCCUUUUGCAUUUCCAUCCGUGUCAUAUGACUACCCCCUAUUCCCCAAUUACAUGGCCAACACAGAAUCUUCAAGAGCCAAAGUCAGAUCACAUAGUGCACCGAAGUCAAGGCCAGAUUCAUUUGAAAGGCAACCAAGCAGGCGAAGGGCAUCUAUGGAAGGCAGAAAUCAUGUCCCAAGGGCAGUAAGGAUGCAGCGGUCAUCUUCACUCGUUGGAGCCACUGCUCAAAACUUCCAAUACCCAUGGCCAAUCAAACUUGAUAGAUCAGCAGUAUCCCUUAAAGACAGUGAGUGUGGAUCCACCAGCACGGUACUCACAAACACCAGCUACUGCAGAUCCCUUGUUGCAUAUGAUGUAAGUAUGAAAUAACCCCGAAAGUGAAUUAUUAAAAUUCAGAAAUAAUUCAACAUAAAAAAUGAUUCAUUAAUCAGGUUCGUGAUUUCUGUGGCUGCAGCCUCAUGGAGAUA